CAUAAAAUAAAAAUAAAUAAUUAAUUAAUGGAGCAACUCAAAAAGCAAAUCCAAGAGCAGGUUGAGGAGUAAGAUAUAGUAGAGGAUUUAAAUAUUGAAGGUGUGAAAAUCACAAAAUUCACCGCGGAAAUGGCCGCUCUAUUUACUCAACAUUAAUAACUUCUUGGUUUGGCAUUAUAAAAAUGUGGAUUAACAACACUUGAGGGAUUUCCAAAAGUGAGCAAGUUAUAAAAUUUGGAAUUAGAAAAUAAUUCUUUAACAGGAGCAGCAAUAAAAUUUAUAGCAGAUAAUUUCAAAGAGUUGCUCAACUUGAAUUUAUCACAAAAUAAUAUUAAGUCAGUUGAUGUAAUCAUGAAGAAUAUCAUGAUAGGAUUUGAAGCCUUUAGCCUCUUUAACCAAAUUAGAAUCCUUAGAAGUGAAAGAUAACCCUUUGACCAAAGAAGCAGGAUAUCAUAAAAAGAUAUUCGAACUAUUACCAUCACUUAAAGUAUUAGAUAAUAAAAAUUAAAAGGGUGAAGAAGUUCUCGAUGUAUUAUUUUAUUAAUAUAUAUAUUAGGAUGAUGGUGAUGAAGAUAUUGAUGAUGAUGAAUUUGAUGAUGAAGAUGGAGAUGAUUCUUAUGAUGAAAGUGAAGAAGAUGAUGAUGAAGAAUCAGAAGAGCCAGUUAAACCAAUAAAAAAAAACAAAAAAUGACAUCUUUUUGUUUUGCCCAUUAAAACAUAUAAAAUACCGCCAAU